GGAGCUUGUUAGGAUUACUAGUGUAGUUGCCUCUUGUGAAAUUCAGAAUGACCUAGCACUUUUAAGUAUUGUUAUUCUGCUAAUUUUUUUUGGCUUUCCAAUUUUGCAGAUUUAAAGUUGAAUCCAGCUGAAGGCUAAAAGAUGGAACCAUGUAUACCACUGCCCGUGAAAGAGGACGAGUUGCAGGAGCUGGUUUCCAUGGCAAAAGACUGGGCCCUCACUCACGGAAUCACUAUGCGCACUGCAGACAGACCAACGUCAUCAGAAGUAACUAAUUACGCCCCUUUUCUGCUUCUGCCUUCACCAUUCCCAGAGCGACUUUUUCACCAAGCAUGCGCAGUGCAGCAAGACUUUAAUCUUCUCUAUCACCGAGUAGCACACGACCAUGACUUUCUGCAGUCAACUCUCCAGAGUGCAAUUAAAGUGGAUGAUUUCACCAAGAGAUUGUGGGACAUUUAUGAGACAGUGAGAAAGGAGGGAAUUAAACAGCCAGUGAGUCUUGCUAUCAACAGAAAUGAUUUUAUGACUGACUCUCAGGGGCGCACCCUCUCCACCCCGGAAGAUGUGAACACCCUGGGGAUCAAAGAGAUUGAGUUUAACACUAUAGCUUCAAGUUUUGCUGGUCUAGAAACUCAAGUGGGGCUUUUCCACAGGUUUAUACUUGAAAGAUGUGGUCUGGCAGACAAGGUCAUCAAGCUACCUGCUAAUACAUGUGUGCCAGGAAUAGCUGGUGGUAUGGUCCAGGCUUGGAAACUGUAUGGCAACACAGAAGCGGUGAUAUUGUUUUUGACGGAGACAGUAUCGAGAAACAUAUUUGACCAGCGCUGGCUGGAGUGGGGAAUAUAUGAAAUCAACAGCAAGGUGAAGGUCCUCAGGAGGAGUUUUGAUCAAGUUUACAGAAAGUCGCAGCUCACUGAGGAUAACAAGUUAAUACUUGAAGGUCAUGAAGUUGCUGUAGUCUACUUCAGAUGUGGAUACUCCCCGAAUGACUACAUCACAGAGGAGGACUGGACAACCAGGCUAAGGAUAGAAAGGUCCACUGCCAUCAAGUGUCCCAACAUCUACUAUCAUCUGGCAGGUGCUAAAAAGGUACAACAAGAGCUUGGCAGGCCGGGAGUGGUGGAACGGUUUAUACAGGACUCUGAGGCUGUGAAGAGAAUUAGAGCAACUUUUGCUGGCAUGUACUCCCUGGAAAGGGAUGCUGAGGGUGAUGCCGCUGUUGCCAUGGCAAUGGAGAAUCCAUUCAAAUAUGUUCUCAAACCUCAAAGGGAAGGUGGAGCUCGUGUCCUGUAUUUCAGUGAAGGUCAUGAAGUUGCUGUAGUCUACUUCAGAUGUGGAUACUCCCCGAAUGACUACAUCACAGAGGAGGACUGGACAACCAGGCUAAGGAUAGAAAGGUCCACUGCCAUCAAGUGUCCCAACAUCUACUAUCAUCUGGCAGGUGCUAAAAAGGUACAACAAGAGCUUGGCAGGCCGGGAGUGGUGGAACGGUUUAUACAGGACUCUGAGGCUGUGAAGAGAAUUAGAGCAACUUUUGCUGGCAUGUACUCCCUGGAAAGGGAUGCUGAGGGUGAUGCCGCUGUUGCCAUGGCAAUGGAGAAUCCAUUCAAAUAUGUUCUCAAACCUCAAAGGGAAGGUGGAGGAAAUAACUACUUCGGAGAAGAUGUCAGAAAGGUGUUGGAGCGUGUGCUAGACAGUGAUGAAAGAAUGGCAUACAUUCUGAUGGAGAGGAUCCAUCCUGUGCCUUUCCAGAACUACGUACUGCGUGCUGAAUCUCCUGUACAACCCAAUACCAUGCUCAGUGAAUUGGGUGUAUAUGGGGUGCUUAUUGGGACCUCUGACCGUAUCAUCACUAACAAACAGUGCGGGCAUUUACUGAGAACCAAAACCUCGGACACCAAUGAAGGGGGCGUGGCAACAGGCUACUCUGCUAUAGACAGCCCGUAUUUAGUAUGAUGCAACAGAACUUUCUGUAUACUGUCAUUAUCUUGUAUAGCAGGAGAGAUCAGAUAAUGUUGUUAACUACUGUUAAUUUUAGUAUAAAAACGGGAUAGAAUACACACUACUAUAAACAGUACUUAUUUUUAAGAAAUUGAUCGAAAUCAUCAUGGUUUAUUUAGUACUUACUGGUGCUGAAUGGGGAAACUGAUGCGGAUUUAAAGUCAAACAAUUGUUUUUUUCUCAGGGUUUCUGAUGUUACUUUGGACCAUUUACUGAUCUGAAAAUAUCACUGUAGUGAACAAUGCUAAAAACAUUCCUAUUUAUAAAGGGAACAUAACACACUAACUCAGUAAGACAAACAUAAAUAUGUAGCAUUGCCAAUAGAAGUAAAAAGCAAGAAAAAAAUGCAUUUAAUCAGCCAGAAAUGCAAGACGAGUUCUGGAUGAGCAUCACUGCCAUAUUUCAAAAAUCAAGUUAACAUGUCUAUUGUAAUAUUGUUCCUUGCUGGAGGUGCUUCACCCCGAGUGAGGUGCUGGUGUAAAAGAACCGGUUGGUUCAAAAUGUAAAGCUUUAAUAAAAGGGAAAAUG